AACAGAACCACGUGUACAGGUGCCAGAUGAAUGUGGGGUUGUGGACAAAUGUACACCAUGAUCUGUCCCCUCCUGGGUCAGAGGUCCGACAGGUGAAAGGAGAUGUGACUUACUACCAUUAUGGAUGUGACGGAAUAGACGAUAGGGGCUGGGGAUGCGGCUACAGAACGCUACAGACGAUGUGCGCUUGGGUCAUCAACAAACGGGGACACACUGGCGAGGAAAUGUCCGUACCAUCUCUAAAGAACAUACAGGAAGCCCUCGUGACAAUGGGCGACAAACCGGCCAGUUUUGUGGAGUCUAGAGACUGGAUAGGCAGCUUCGAAGUUUCGAUAUGUAUGGAUUAUUUUAUGGAGGUAAAUUGUAAGAUAAUACACGUCACUUCCGGUUCUUUGCUAUGUGAACACAUGGAGACGCUGAAGAAGCAUUUCGAUGUUAUUGGAGCUCCAGUGAUGAUGGGUGGAGACGGUGACAAUGCGUCUAAAGGUAUCCUGGGUGUGUGCUGUGAUUCGCCAUCACUUCUUAUCCUGGACCCCCAUCACCACGGCCAGAUAAAGUCGCUGUCCGACCUGUACGACCGAGGCAUGGUCUCCUGGCGCCCCCUGGAUACCUUCAUGACAGAUUCCUUCUAUAAUUUGUGUUUACCACAGUAUCCACAGUCGUGACAUCCAAACGGGAACUUUGUCGUGUUAUGUUAGGUAAAGGCAAUGGGCCUUCUCUGGUGGAGGAGGCUAAUACCAAUUAUGGCGAAUCGUGCCAUAACCCCACGUGUGUAACAACUAAUAUUUAAGCAUUAAACUGUCUUGAUAUGGCAUCUCUGUUCGAUAUAAAUGACAGAGCUUUGCAUACAAACUGCAUAAUGCGCGCUUCAUUAAAUUUGCCUUUGUCCAGUUGGCAUUCAUCAGCCCAUAACUUCCAACUGAAAGCAGUUCAAUGCUUAAGUGAUGGCAUAACAGAAUGGACGGAAGGCAGAAAGGCGGACAUCUUAGUGUUAUGUGAUUGGCUCAUACUGUAUGAUUGGCCCCACCUUGAUACAUUGAAUCUUUUCAUUGAAGUGUUUUGAAAAAUUCUUAAUAUCUGGAAAUAAGAUGAUUUUUAAACAUACAACUAUCUUAAAUAUGUUUAUAUGCUCGUUUUCCAGGACCUCAUAAUUUAGUAUUAUUUACGAUAGUCUUUCGUCAUUUUUUCACGAAGGCUCCAUCAUCUAAUUGAACGAUUGAUUAGACAAUCUUUGUAUAUUAAUUAACUUUUUCAGUGUGUUUUUUUCUCUGUAUUUCUUAUUCAGUUUUUGAGUUUCUUUAAAUCUGGUGUUUUAUUGAAACUCUGUUAGAUAUGGAUAGAUCUGCCAAUUUGGAACAUAAAUUAGAAAGAGUUAUUGCCCUUUUAUCCAUGUAUCAUACUGCCCAUCUUAAAUGUUAUGUUGAUUUACAUGUGAAAUUCAUCAAAUGUCUGAGAACAACACGUUGUAUAUUAUCACAACACAAUAUCUGGACCAUGUCACGAUUAAAUAUAAUCUAUUAUCAUC